AUGGCGCUAUUUGGCACGCAGAAUCAACAAGCUUCGGCUCCAUCUCUGUUUGGCCAGUCGACGAACCAGCCCCAGCAGACUGGAAGCAUAUUUGGCACUCAACAGCAACCACAGCAGCAGGGAAGUUCCCUUUUCGGACAGUCACUCCAGCAGAAGCCUCAGAGUAACUUAUUCGGUGGCAUUGGGCAACAACAAAAGCCCAGCCCGUUUUCUGGAUUCGGCACUACAGCGCAGCAGCAACAACAACAGCCACAACAAACUGGAGGGUUCACUCUUGGAUCUACUACUACGCAGCAACCACAAAAUCAACAAAAUGCAAGUCCAUUCGCGGGUUUCGGUACGACGCAGCAGCAGCAGCAGCAGCCACAGGCGCAGACUGGAAAUACGUUCUCAGGUUUCGGUGCUCCUCCACAGCAACAACAACAGCAGCAACAACCCCAGCUAGGUCAAACUCUAGGAUUUUCGCAAGCUGGUAGUUCAACGAUUUGGACUCCUGGACAGGGAAUGACGGGAGUUCACCGAACCGUGCCAAUGCAGAUAAUGAUCGUGAAGGACAAAUGGGAUGCUACUAAUCGGUCAUCUCCAUUCCGUGGUUACCUCUAUAAUAAUGUGGGCGAGGAAUCCGCGCCAUUUUUCCAGCCGGGCCCCAACGACGAUGAGAACAAGUGGGAGGAGGCUUUGAGAAAGCGGCCAGGGCCUGGUUAUGUCCCCGUUCUUGUGCAGGGAUUUUGGGAGCUGGGGAAGCGCACACAAAGACAGAAGGAUUUCUUGUCAAUGAUGCAGACACGACUACAUGAAAUUAAUAAUGCUUUGACGGAGUUACUGUCACGGCAUGACUUGGCCAUAUCUGUCAAGAUUGCAGCUUGUCGACGGAAACACAAAGUGCUGAGCCAAAGAUGCCUUGCGUUAGCAUCGAAGACGCAGCUGUUGCGAAACCGCGGAUAUGCUAUGGACCAAACAGAAGAAGAACUAGCCAAGAAACUGUUCCAGCUGGAGCGGGCAGUUUUCGACCCAUCGCUUAACGGAAGAUCAGAGGAGAUUUGGGCUAGGAUGCUGGCCAUCCGGGAGAACUCAAAGCGCCUUCAGCUUGAAAUUGAACGUACAGGAAAUGACACAUCUAACCAAGCAGACGAUUCUCUUGACGAUGCAGCGCUAAAAACAGCUAAGAAGAUUCUUGAGGACUAUGCUACUCAGAUUCAGCAUUUGAACAAGGAACUUGCUUCUGUUCAAAAGGAUUUUGGAAACCUCGAGCAGUCUAUACCCUCUUAA